GAGAGCUGCUGAGAUUUAACACUUCAGCACCUGCUGCCGUUCGGGAAGCAGCCUUGGAGCUUCGGCUUCUUUUUUUUUCUCCUGCUUUGGGUACCACACAACCGCCACCGUGUCUCGCCAGCGAGCCAAGAUGUCCAAAGUGGCCAAAUACCGGCGACAAGUUAGUGAAGAUCCAGAUAUAGACAAUUUAUUGUCUACUUUGUCUCCAGAGGAGAUGGAGGAGCUGGAAAAGGAGCUGGAUGUGGUGGAUGCGGACGGGAGCAUCCCUGUGGAGCGCAGUCAGACAAACCAAUCGGAAAACUCCUUACCUGGCCCACACAACUGUGACACGGCGCUCAACCAUCACGACAAGGACACCAAGAGGCUCCUGCAGCGGGAGCACUCGAUAGACGAAAGCAGGUUGAACAAGAAUGAGGGAGACAAAAAUCAAGAAGAAAAAGGAAAAGAAUCUCCUUCCAAAGAACUGGCCCAGAAACAAGAUGCUGAAGUGGGGAAAGACUCUAAAAAGGAAGAAGGUGUUGAGAAAACAGACCUGAAAGGUAAAGCUGAGACUGAGACCAAGAGCAAAGAGAACAAAGCUAUGAAUGAUAAAGUAAAGGCCAUGGAAAAAAAGCUGAUGGGGAAGGACAAGAAGGAGGAAGAGAAGGGUUCAGUGUUGAAGAAGGACACAGUGAAGAACAAAAAGGAGGAAGAGAAGAGCUCAGAGUUGAAGAAAGAUGCAGGGGAGGAUAAAAAGGAAGAAGAGAACAGCUCAUGUCUUAAAAAGGAGGAUGCAGGGAAGGAUAAAAAGGAAAAAGAGAAGAUCUCAGCAGCAAAGGAGGAGACAGAGAAGGAAAAAAAGCAAGAAGAAAAGGAUUCAGCAUCAAAGGACACAGGGAAGGACAAAAAGGAGGAGAACAGUUCAGAAUCAAAGAAACAGGCAGAAAAAGACACAAGAGGGGAAGAUAAAAAAGAAAAUGACAAAAAAGAAGAGGAAAAGGCUUCUGCUGUGAAAAAAUCCAAGGCAGAUGAGAAUGAUAAAUCCCAGACAGAAGCAGAAAAGGCAGAAAAGGUGGAGGAGAAACAGGAGGCCAAGGCAGCAGCUGAGAGCAGCCCUUCCAAGUCUUCCUCCAACAGCUCUGCAGAUCAAGCCAAGGAUGAUGAAGCCUCCAGCAUCUUUGACGAGCUCAUCGAGAAGGUGAAGAACAAUGACGCUGAGGUGACCGAGGUCAACGUGAACAACUCCGACUGCAUCAAUAACGAGACCCUGGUGCGCUUCACCGAGGCCCUGGAGUUCAACACUGUGGUCAAGGUGUUUGCCCUGGCAAACACCCGCGCUGAUGACCACGUGGCCUUUGCCAUUGCCAUAAUGCUCAAGUCCAACAAGGUGCUGACAAGCAUCAACAUGGACUCCAACCACAUCACAGGCAAGGGUAUCCUGGCCAUUUUCCGGGCCCUGUUGCAGAACAACACACUGACAGAACUACGUUUCCACAACCAGCGGCACAUCUGUGGGGGGAAAACAGAGAUGGAGAUUGCCAAGCUCCUGAAAGAGAACACCACACUCCUGAAGCUGGGUUACCACUUCGAGCUGGCUGGGCCACGCAUGACUGUCACCAACCUGCUGAGCCGAAACAUGGACAGGCAGAGGCAGAAACGCCUCCAGGAGCAGAAACUGGCACAGGAACGGGGGGAGAAGAAAGACCUCCUGGAGGUGCCCAAGCCUGGAGCAGUGCCGAAGGGGUCCCCCAAGGCAUCCCCGCAGCCAUCCCCCAAGGCUUCCCCCAAAAGCUCUCCCAAGAAAGGAGGGGCACCCACCAUACCACCCCCACCUCCUCCUCCGCUCGCCCCACCACUGAUGAUCAACGAGAACCUGAAGAACUCGCUCUCGCCAGCCACACAGAGGAAGUUGGGAGACCGGGCGCUGCCAGUCCAGGAGAAGAACUCUCGAGACCAGCUCCUGGCAGCCAUUCGCUCCAGCAACCUCAAACAGCUCAAGAAGGUGGAGUUGCCGAAGCUGCUGCAGUAGGGAGCAGGAGGAUUUUUCCCCUGCAGCCCAUGGCAGACCCCCAGACACUCACCUUUCUCGUGACAAGCCCUUUGGAACCUGCAGUGACCGACGCCAAGGAGCAGGGAUCUCUCUGGGACACGGAGGAUGGGCCGGGCCCAGCAGGAUAUGAUGAAGGAGGUUGUAUUUAUUUUUUGAUGGUUGUGAAGCCUUCAAGCUCACUCUUCUACCAGCACUGUGCCCCACCGGAGAUGCCAAGAAUAGAGCAGGGGUCUGCAGAGCUGAUCCUUAUGGAAAUCCCCCAUCAGAGCAUAACAAAGGGGUUUGGCACCCCACUCUAUCCAGGGUCCAGCCUGGGGUGAGCAAGAGUACCCCCAGCCGUGGGGAGGAGCAGGGGACACCCAGACCAUCACCACAUCACCACAAGGUUUCUGGGUGGCCAGCAGAGUUUUGGGAUUCAGGCACAGCAGUGGCUGCAGAGCUGGGGGUUCAGGCUUGAUGUCAGGAGGAAUGGGAGGGUGGGAGAAGGGAGCAGCCAGGGAGAGAGGGGGUAUGGAAGUGGUGGGACACAGGGAGCCAGGCUGGGGCCAGGAGCUCGGGCAUCUUGUACGCACCCACAGUACUGCAGGGGGACCCCCAGGACCCUCAGAGCAUGGAAGCCAAAUCCGCCUCAGAGAGAGCAGGGAAAGCACCAGCUCAAGGGGGGCAGUGGGUUUUGGGGUCAUGUGAUGCCCAUCCUCCUCCCCCCAUCCUUCCUGUCAUGACACCUCGAUUACGAUUUGUAUGACUGUGGCCACUGCAUCAGCAAUA